AUGGCCAAGGAUAAAAAGAAGAAUUCAGACGCCAAAAAAGCCAAAAAGGCUGAAAAGGCAGCCAAACAAGCCAGCAAAGGGGAGAAAAAGGCCAAGACAAAAGCUGCCAAGAUUGAGGGCAGUGACGCCGAAGAUGUCGAUCUUGAUGCCGUCCUUGAAGAGUACCGUCGCCAGCAGGAGCAAUUCCUCAAGAUCACAGAAACCGUGUGUCAUGGCCCGCCUCGACCAAGGGCCGCUUCCACACUGAUGGCUUCGCCCACGGAUGCAAACAACCUCCUCUUGUUUGGCGGUGAAUACUUCAACGGCUCUCUGGCACAGUUCUACAAUGACCUGCACAUCUACAACAUCCAUCGGGAUGAGUGGCGCUGCGUCACCUCACCGAAUGCCCCGUUGCCUCGCUCGGGACAUGCCUGGACUCGUGCCUCGAAUCCCAACCACGUCUACCUCUUUGGCGGCGAGUUCUCGUCGCCCAAGCAGGGCACUUUCCACCAUUACUCUGACUUUUGGAGGCUGGAGCCCGCCACCAGGGAAUGGACCAAGAUCGAGGUCAAGGGCAAGGAUAAGAGUCCACCCGCGCGGAGCGGUCAUCGCAUGACGUACUGGAAGCAGUACAUUAUUUUGUUUGGCGGCUUCCAGGACACGUCCAACCAGACCAGGUAUUUGGCAGAUUUGUGGAUUUUCGACACGGUCAACUUUGUGUGGCACUGUCCCGCGCUGCCUCAGGCACAGCUCAAGCCGGAUGCUCGAUCUUCGUUUUCUUUGCUGCCGUGCGAUUCGGGCGCCGUGCUCUACGGUGGCUACUCGCGUGUAAAGGCGACGGUGAAUCUGAAGAAGAAGGCGGGGAAAUCUCAGAGCCAGGGACAGAAGAAUGUCUUGAUUCCCAAAGUCCACGACGACUGCUUCUUCCUGAGAAUGGCGCUACCUCCCGCUGAUGCCAACUCCAACACGCUUCCAACAAUGCGGUGGGAACGGAGAAAGAAGCCGGCCAACCCUCCCAACCCGUCUCGCGCGGGAGCCACCAUGACUUUCCACAAGGGACGAGGCAUCCUAUUCGGCGGCGUACACGACGUUGAAGCUAGUGAAGAGGGCAUGGAUAGCGAAUUCUUCAACCAGCUUUUUGCCUGGAAUAUUGAACGCAAUAGGUUCAUGCCUCUGGGUCUCCGCAAGCCUCGUCAGCAAAAGAGAGCUGCUCCCGAACAGCCGCGUGUAGGCCGUCGUGGCCGCGCGCAGGCCAAUGAAGAGGAGCUGCUGAAGCAGUUGGCUGCCCUCGAAACGGGUGCUUCUCUGGAUGACGUUGAUGGAAUCGAGAUUGAUAAGAAGGAAGAGGAGCCGGAGGAGGACGAGAAGCCAGCCAGAGAGAUGCCGGUGACAAUGGAGCCGCCCCAUGUUCGGUUCAAUGCGCAGAUGGCUGUGCAGGAUGACGUUCUCUAUAUAUAUGGCGGGACAUUCGAAAAGGGCGAUCGCGAAUUCACAUUUGAUGAUUUAUAUGCCAUUGAUUUGAGCAAACUCGAUGGAUGCAAAGAGAUUUUCAACCGCCCGGUAGAGGAUUGGAUCGAAUCCGAGGAUGAGGACGACGACGAGGAUGAGGAUGACGAAGAAGACGAGGAGGACGAGGAUGAGGACGAGGAUGAUGAGCCUGAACAGCUGCAUACGCCCAGUAAGCGCAAAAAGCAAGAUGUCGUGUCGGAUACCGCCUCCGAAACAACAUCUGCUCCGCCCGAAGAAGACGAUACGGAAACAACGGCAACAUCCGUGGACGAUGGUCUGCCUCACCCUAGAGCAUGGCAGCCAUUUGAGUCUCGUCGCGAGUUCUUUGUACGCACAACCGCCGAGUGGCAGGAAAUCCUCAUGACUAGUCUCCGCUGGAAGAAUAUUCAGCCCGAGACGCUGACCAUCAAGGAGAUCAAGGCCAAGGCGUUUGAGCUCAGCGAGGAGAAGUGGUGGGACUGCAGGGAGGAAAUUACCGCCCUGGAGGAGGAGCAGGAGGCUGCGGGCAUCCAGGAGGUUGUCAGCUUGGCGGAAAGGGGGGAUACCGGCGGUGCUGGUGGUGCCAGGAGGAGAUGA